AUGAAUGAUGAUGAAAACGAGUCAUCAAAACGCAAGAAGAAACAUGGGACGUUAGAUUGGUUUGUUAAUGCUCAAAAGAAAAUAAAGACUCAAGAUGAUUCUUCGUCGACGCCCGAUAAUAUCACACAUGGUAGCACCAAAUUUCCAUCUAGGGAAAGAGAAAGUCAAUUUGAUGUAAAUACACUUCCACAUGAUCCAGGCUUGAGGAAGAAUAUCAUUGAUUAUCAUCCCAACGACCAAGAUGCAGUGAGGAAAGAACAUAUACAAAGAGGUCCUUGCCAACCACGUGGUCAUCAAUUUCUUCAAACAUAUUUUGGAGGCUAUAUGUGUCGCUUUAUUCCUACUUGGUUUGAUAAACAUCAAUGGCUUGAAUGUAGUAUUGAAAAAGAGGCGGCUUUUUGUUUUCUAUGCUACUUAUUUAGGGACAAGGAUGAAUUUAAUGGAAAAGGUGGAGAUGCUUUUGUUACGGAUGGCUUUAAAAGUUGGAAUAUGCCAAAUAGGUUCGAUAGACAUGUGGGAGCUGUUAAUAGUAUCCAUAAGCGAGAUAGAGAAAAAUUUGAGAUGCUUACCAAACCCAAAAAGUCGAUACAAAGUGCUUUUGAGCAACAAUCUACAAAAGCCCAAAAAGAAUAUCACACUCGUUUACUUGCUUCGUUACACUCAAAACAUAAUGAGGAAGUUGAUAAAGUUGUAUUGAAAAAUGCUCCAAAGAACUUACAAGUAACCUCCCCUUCCAUUCAAAAAGAUAUCAUACAUGCUUGUGCAAAAGAAACAACUAAACACAUUAUUAGAGAACUUGGUGAAGAUUACUUUGCAAUAUUGGUGGAUGAAUCGGCUGAUGCAAUUUAUUCUUUGCUUGCGGAGUAUUCAUUAAGUCCAUCUAAAAUUCGAGGCCAAGGAUAUGACGAAGCUAGCAAUAUGAAGGGUGAAAGUAAUUGCCUUAAAACCCUAAUCUUAAAAGAAACCACAUCCGCAUACUAUGUCCAUUGUUUUGCUCAUCAACUUCAACUAACAUUAGUUGCAGUUUCAAAAAAGAGCAUAGAUUGUGGUUGGCUCUUUGAGAUACUUACAAACUUACUGAAUGUCAUUGGAGUUUCUUGUAAGAGAAAAGAAAUGUUGCGAGAAGCUCAAGCUCAAAAGGUUGCACAAGCAUUUGAUGAUGGUAAACUUGAAAGUGGCAAAGGAUUGAAUCAAGAGAUAAGUUUGGGAAGGCCGGGUGAUACUCGUUGGGGAUCCCACUAUAAACUGAUUGUGAAUGUUAUUUCCCUAUAUCCUGUGAUAUGCAAGGUUCUUGAUAAGAUUGGAGAUGUAUCUUCAAGUUCAGAUGACCGGCUAAAAGCGGAUGUUGAUGGUUAUUCACUUGAGUCUUUUGAUUUUAUAUUCAUGAUACAUUUGAUGAAGAUUAUUUUUGGUGUGGCAAAUGAUUUGAACAAAGCUUUACAAAGAAAAGAUCAAGACAUAGUUAAUGUUAUGGCGUUGGUGACGUUGACCAAACAACGAAUACAACAAGUAAGAGAUAAUGGGUGGGAACCUCUCUUAAGUUCAGUCGUAUCCUUUUGUGAAAAAAAUUGCAUCGAAGCUCCUAAUAUGGAAGAUGUAUAUGUCCCGAAUGGUAGAAAAAACGUGGCAAAUUACACACCACGAAUCUUCAUCAUUUUCGAGUUGAAGUCUUUGUUGCGAUCAUUGAUUUGCAACUUCAAGAGUUGA